GUAUAUACCGUAUUAGAACGUAGAGGGACGGGAUUCGCUUGCCUUGUGGCUAGAUUAUGUGCGGUAAUUGAAAGAACCUCUAGCCCGACCAACUGGGCGUAGUUUGGUCAGAUUUUACGCUCAGCUCUGCCAGUAUUCACUCGCCUGCUCCCGAUCCUCUGUGAAAACGAACAUGGGGAAUCCUGGAAAAUGUGUCGCUUGUGGCAUAAAAUUUCAAACGAAGAAGAAAGGUUACAAGAGAUUUUCACUAAAGUCACAACUGGGACAAAAUUUUGAUGUAGAUGUCACUGCUGCUUUAUCCAAGGCUGUGCCAGAAUUUAGUGACAAAUUUAAUUUUCCAGAUGACGGUCAUGUUUGUGAUUCUUGCUUCCGUCUUCUCAGAACUACACUCAGACAGAGAGAGCAACUUUUGAAGACAGAAAUAGAAUGGGAUUUGAGGUUAAGGAGUGGUCCACAAGGAAAAUACAUAAAUAAUACUAGAACGACUAUAAAGUCUAAAAGGAAAACUCAUAAACAUGAUGACAGAACUCGAAGAUCAGGCAAGAGGAAGUUGGAAGAAGUCCAGAAUACUAUGAUUAUGAACAAUCGAUCAAACUCAAACAAGUCUGGUGAAUUGUGUUCAGAACGAAGACGAAAACUUAUGAAGUUGGAGCCAACAGUGUCUGUUCUGUGCAAAAAUGGUGGACACAAGAACUUCAUGAAGAAGGCCAUAGCAUACCUCAUCCAGUACAGAUAUCAUAAAGCCUUUAGCCUCAUUAUUAAUGGAUCAGAGAAGGCAAAGAAAGCAUUCCAGGGAGUGAUGGAGAAGAAGAUACGCAAGGAAGCGUAUUACUUUUGCAAGACGGCAGAGAAAUGUUCGCAAGAAACAGACAGUAUCAGUGACAUCAAAAACUUUUCAUGGAAGAAGGAAUUGAAAACGAUGGCACUUGAAAUGCCAACAUUCUAUUCUGCUUGCCUUGCUUCAAUGGAGACGAGGAAAGGGACAACAGCUAUGCUGCCAAAUUCAAGUCGUUCUACAAAGAGGCGUAUAAGACCUAGGCUAGGCCUGAUGAUGACCUUGCCGCUCUAUACAAGACGAGAGAGAAAGUUUGGCUUUGUGAUGAACAUUCUUGCCCUCCUCUUCCACAGAUAUGGCAGUCAUGAAACGAUGCUGAAGAUUCUGAUACAUCUUGGCGUUUGUCACAGGACUUCCCAACCUCUGAUUCACAAGGUGGACCGUAUGAAGGCUGAUGAUUGUGAGCAAGUCUUAUCAUGGGCCGUCAAGAAUCUGGCUGAAAUCAAGGGCAAUGACCGUGUGAGGCAGAAGUCACCUCGUAAAGGCAAGGGUCCUAAAGCACAGCUCCCUCCAACAGACUCCAACUCCUCGGAUGAUUUAGAUAGCGAGGUCGAGAGCGACGACGACGAUGAAAAUGUUCUUCAUGACGAUGAGGAUGCAUCAGAAUUUGACGAAGAUGAUGAUUCGAGUCUUAUGGAAUUGCUGUCAUCAGAUGGAUCAGAAUCCGGUGACGAGGAGGUUGACAAGGAUGACGAUGAUGGGAGUGAGGAGGGGGAUGAUGAUGAAAGGAUGAAGGAGAAGGAUGUAGAAGAAGAGGAACUGAAGGAACAAAUGGUUGAAGUGGAGGGCUGGGUGCAUAUGGAAGAUGCAUGUGAAAUGCAAAUUGUACAUAUGUAAGUUAUACUGCACAGUGAAAGAGGAUAGACAUAAGACUGUUAUUUGAUGAUUAAUUACAAUGGCCUGGAUUCUGUAGUCCACUUUAACUUAGAGUCUUUUAGACCGUGGUCUGACUCUGCUAAGAUUAUGGGAAGCCAAAGAUUGAUUAAAUUGAAUUAUGGGAAGCCAAAAACUUUGUUUAUACUGCAUAUCUCUGGUGUUCACUUUGCUCUUCCCUAAUUCUUAAAGGAGAAUGAAACCCUUGAAACCAGCUGAAUCCAUAUCAAAGAGAAAAAUCAAAGAAACAUAUUGUUGAAAGUUUGAGGAAGAUUGAAUGAAUAAUAAGAAAGUUAUGAGCAUUUGAAUAUUGAGAUCACUAAUGCCAUGUAGAUCCUCCCAUUGGCAAUGCGACCAAGAUCAGUGAUGUCACACACGUACAACUCCCUCAUUACUUUAGUACAUAUUUCACUUAUAUUCUCACUUUUAUGGAGUCUAUCACAAGGUGAGGUGUUCUCUUUAUGAGAGGACAAGUACAGAGGUUUCACAACAUUAUAUCAUUGUUGAAUCGUUUGUCAUAUGAUUAGAAUGAGCAAAAAGAGAUGUUUUGGGGUAUAUUUUCAGCGUCCAAAAGGGGAGAGUUGUUCAUCAGUGACAUCAUAGAUCUUGGUCGCAUUGCCAAUGGGAGGAUCUCCAUAGCAUUAGUGAUCUCGACAUUCAAAUGCUCAUAACUCUUCUAUUGCUAGUCCUAUUUUACUCAAACUUUUGUUGAUCUUAUUCUUUGAUUUUUCUGCUUUCACAAAAGCUAACUUGCUCCAAGAGUUUCAUUCUCCUUUAAGUAGUGAAGACAGUUAUCGUUUUAAUCAUUCCCAGACAAUUAAGAAUGAUUCGUGUGUCAAAUGAGCCAAUAAAAUGAACCUCUACUGUUCGAUUUUCAUUGCACAGUUGGCUAUCCAAAGUUAAACCACAACUUUAGACCAGAAAUCAAAUUAAACUUGUCUUCAGAAUAUGGGCCAAUGUGCUUUGUAAUAAAAUGUACGUUGUAAUCGACGGAUAAACACGGCGCUGUUUCAUUCUACUAUUACUGGACAUCGGACAUCUUGACCAUUUCCCCGCUAUUGUUUCUUCGGUUUUACCAUGUACCUGCAAUGAUGUUGGAAUGGUCAGUGAUUUGAUGGUAAAUUGCCGAUUAGUCAACACCCACCUCGUUUGCUUUCUGUUUGGUCUUGUGACUUUUGUCCCAUUUGGUCUAAUCCUAGUUCGUCUAAUCACCGUAUUGUGUAAUUUCAUUGAGCCCAUUAAACAAUUUUGUCUAAUUUUUAGUUGGGCUACGAUACCUAAUUUGUUUAUCCACUUGGUCUAACGCAACAACUUAGUCUAUAUAAUAGGAGGAACUGUUUAACAACCAAAUUUUCAUUAGUGCAAAAUAAUAAGUAAAAAAAUAGAAAUCAAGGCAAUUUGAGCAUUAGACUAAAAUGACAAUGCAUAUUGUAAUAACCGAUGGUUGGACUCAAAAUAAUUUAAUAGAUCGAAUUGUUAGUAGACCAAGUGGGUUUAGGUAUAAAAUGUUUUGAGAUUUUAUCAAAAUGAUAUGAAGGAAACUAAAACACUGAGGGAAAUUUGAACAAGAUUGGAGGGGAUUGAGUGAAGCAAUUAAGAAAAUGUUUUAGCAAAAUAGGUUUAAAGCUGAGAAUCGUGAAAGUUUCAAUUUACCUCUGUAUUGACAAUUUCAGUAGCAAUAUUGAUAUAAAAUGACAAUCUUUUAAAGGUCAAGUCCACCUCAGAAAAAUGUUGAUUUGAAUCAAUAGAGAAAAAUGAGAUAAGCACAAUGCUAAAAAUUUCAUCAAAAUCGGAUGUAAAAUAAAAAAGUUAUGACAUUUCAAAGUUUCGCUUAUUUUUAACAAAAUAGUUAUAUGAACGAGCCAGUUACAUCCAAAUUAGAGUCGAUGAUGUCAAUCACUCACUAUUUCUUUUGUUUUUUAUUGUUUGAAUAAUACAAUAUUUCAAUUUUUACGAAUUUGACGAUUAGGACCUCAUUGAAUGAACCACAAAAUGUUAAAAUAAUGGAAUUCUACGUGUUCAGGGAGGAAUGAAACUUCAUUUCACAUGACAAUGACGAGGAAAUCAAAAUAUAUCAUAUUUCAUAUAAUAAAAUACAAAAGAAAUAGUGAGUGAGUGAUGUCAUCGGUUCCCUCAUUUGCAUACCGACCGGGAUGCGCAUAUGACUGCUUUGUGAAAUGAAGCGAAACUUUAAAAUGUCAUAACUUUCUUAUUUUACAUCCGAUUUUGAUGAAAUUUUCAGUGUUAUGCUCGUUGAAUUUUUCUCUUUUUAUUCAAAUCAAGUUUUUGUUGGGGUGGACUUGUCCUUUAAGGAAACAACCCUAAAACAUUUUGUCAAUUACAUGUUAAUUACAUGUACAAUUUUCAUAUUUUCUUAAAUUCCCCUGUGAACUCACUACAUUUUCCCCAUGAUAUAUCCUGAACCAGGAGAUAAGGUGCAGUUUUGAGAGAUAUACAUUAUUCAAUAUUUUAUUCACAUAUUUUGAGCAUUGUCCACAGAAACCAGUCAUGGAUUGCCAAUUUGAGGAUUGUGGUAAUGAAAAAAAAUUCUUUAAGUCCCAGUCCAUCAUUCCAUCCAACCAUCGCCCUGGAAUAAUUCCCAUUUACAGCAAUGUAAAGCUUCAACAAUAUUGCACAUUCAGCCAACAGGUUGGGAAAAGUAGCCUCCGAAAAUUAAAUAUUAUUGCCUGUUUGCAGCAUGUAAUGUUUGUUUCCAUGCAAGAACACAAAGUUUGAUGGUUUUUUAUAUUUUUUGGCCUGUAGGUACAUGUACAUCACACCAAACUACUAUCAAUUUUCAUCAAAAAUUGAUUGAUCUGAAUGUUUUUUAUUUUCUUUGACCUUUUAAGUGGAUCUGCAUUCAACUCUUCCUUCCUGUCACAUACUUUUGAUAAUUUGCAUACUAAAAUACUCAUUUGCAUUGUUGCACUUAUUUUCCAAGUACAUGUAAAAUGUGUAAAAAAAUGUAUUACUCUUUACGAUUUAACCAUUCUUGACUGUGCUACUAUAGAACUAUUUAUUUAUGUGUUUAUUUGGUGGGGGGGGCGCUGUCAAAAGAUGAAUUAUACUGUUUUUGUUUUUUUAUAAAAUAAACGUUCCUUCUACAGGACAAGUAUAAUCUUGAA